AUGACCAUCAAGGAAACACAAGGAGUCCACCCAUCGGUGAACGCAACCGAGCGACGGGCACCGCUGUCGGCAACGUCGACCCGCGCCACCAGUCGUUUGAAGCUCAAGGACUUUGCUUUCGUCGAAGAGAUUGCUCGCGGCAGCAAGUGCGUCGUGUAUGCGGCCGUGCACACGCCGUCCGCGACCAUCGUAGCGAUCAAGGCCGUCCCUCUGACAGCGGUCGAGACACUCGGCGGCACGGCCAACUUUCGACGCGAAUUCGAGUCGCAGUACCGCGUCCGUGGUGGCAACGUCGUGGCAGCUUACGGCUGGCUUUUGGACAGCGACCACGCCUACAUUGUCCAAGAGCUCUUGUGCUUCUUGCACCUUUUACGGGGAUUUCCAUCCCCCGAUUUCUACUAA